GUAGGUAUUCAUAUAAAACAAGAGCAAAAAAGAUUAUGGACUUAGUUACAUCGUCUUUUCGGAAUGACGGUAUGUAUGUUUUGAAUGCAUAAAAAACAAAUUUUCGGUAUUUAUAUUUUAUUUAAUUGGUAUUUUUUAGAGUCUGAUCAAUCAUCAAUAAAUGAAUCUCCUUUUGAAGAUUUUAAUGAUGAUACCACCUAUGAUCCUACUUCGGAUUUAGAUCUGAUAUCAGAUACAAAAUGUUCUACAAAUUCCAAUGCCACCGUUAUUAUACCUUUACAAAACUGUUUAACAUAUGACCAAAAUGAUUCUGUCUUUGAUUUUGAUUCAUCGGAGAGUCCUGAAAUUGUAGGGUUAAAACCAAAUAAUAACAUUAUUCCUAGAAAAUCUAAAGUUCAUGAAAUACAGACUCAAAAUGUCGCACAAAAAUGUAAUAACAAAUGGAAAAAAAAAAGAACAAAAUGCAAAUUUUGCUCUUUAGAAGUUACAAAUUUUAAGCGCCAUUUAGAAAGAAAUCACACAGAUGUAAAGGAAGUAAUAGAAUUAUUAACAUAUCCCAAAAAGAGUAAAGAAAGAAAGCAAAUAAUAACUUUAAUAAGAAAUUCUGGGAAUUUUGACGAAUUUUUAAGGGGUACUUUAAGGCCUAUUUAUACAACAAAAGAUAAAUCAUCUACGUCGUACUAUCCUUGCGCAAAUUGUAAAGGAUUAUACUCAAAAAAAUUCCUUUCUCGCCAUCGCAAAAAAUGCAUGGCUGUUAAUGUUAAUGAAAACUUAGAUAAGAAUAGACACCAAUCAGCAUCACAAACUUUAAUUGCAUGUGCAAUUGAGGGAAAUAAUACUUUACAUAAAUUGCGUGUCAGAAAAGAAGUGUUUGAUAUUAUGAAAGCAGAUGAUAUUUCUUUGGUGGCAAAAACAGAUCCACUGAUAUGCCAGUUUGGGGAGCAAUACUUAAAAAAACACAGAAGAAAACAGAUGGCGGUUGUGUGUUCAAAUAAAAUGAGACAACUAGCAAGACUCUUAAUUGAGUUACGGCGCAUUAAAAACGAUGACAAAUAUACAUUGUGUGAUGCAAUUAAUGCAGUAAUGUUUGACACAGUUAUAGAAUGUGUUAAAAAUAUCGGCGGAUAUGACCCAAAUACAAAAUCUUACAGAGCUCCAAGUUUAUCGGCACACAUUGGAACGUCUUUGAAACAAGUUAGUAAUUUACUUAUGCUCUUAUUAAUUAAAAAAGACCCAAUUUUUAAAUUUGUUGAAGAUAUAGAAAUUAAAAUACAGGAGAUAAAACGAUUUAAUGAGUUAAUUGUUUCUCAGUGGACGACCGAAAUAAGCAGCUUAGCUUUUAAAGGCCUUAAUGAAAGAAAUUGGGAUAAACCAACAGUCUUACCCUUAACAAAAGACAUAAUAAAAUUUAAAACAUACGUCACCGAAAUUGCAAAUAUAGCUUUGACAACUCUUAAAGAUAAUCCCAAUAAUAUAAAACAGUUUAAAAAUUUAGUUGAUGCGACUCUUGUUUUAACUAUAUUAUACAACAGAAAACGCAUUGGUGACGUACAUUAUACUUUGUUAAAAACUUACCUCUCCAAUUUUUCUACGAUAAAUCAAGAUGAAUGUUUAAAUUCCCUAUCGCCUUCAGAGAUACUUUUGACAAGACAUUACAAAAGAGUAGUUACGGGGGGAAAAGGUAGCAAACCCAUUGUUAUUUUGUUCCCCCCCAACAUUCAAGAAUAAGUACUUAUGAUUAUUAACCUACGCCAAACAACUGAUUUGGUUACUGAGAAAAAUCCAUACCUAUUUGCACAUCCUAAAAGUGAUCGAUGGGUACGGGGUGAUGUAGCUAUUCGUAAAUUUGCUCAGAAAGCUGAUUUGGAACAUCCUAAAGAGAUUACAAGUAACAAACUAAGAAAACAGAUAGCAACCGUCAUGCAAAUUUUAAAUCUUAAUCAGGAAGAAACGGAACAGUUUGCACAUUUCAUGGGACAUACUGAAAAGACGCAUAAUGAGUUUUACAAGUAAGUUUAUUAUACCGAUUAUCCUUUUAUUUCGCGAUCCUAAAGUUUAUGGGGUAGCCUUCCUUUGUACCGUAAAAAAUGUUUACCUGUUUCAAUCUCAGUUCGGACCGUCACGCGUCACGUCGCUCAUAAUAUAAUUAUCAAC